AGAGAGAAAGUGCUUGCUGUUGUAGUGUUGGCGAAUGAAAAAGGCUGGAUUGGAUGGCCAAGAAAAGCAUCCAAGACAGCAAGAAAAGAGACGAGAGACACAAGACCAUCUCUCGACAAUAAUAAUUAAUAAAAGGAUGAAGAAAUUGAUGAGGAGAAAUCAUCUUACCUCGUUGAGUUCAUUACCUUCUUGUUGUUGAAAUGGAGACAACCUUUUUAUUCACCAAAUUACCAUUGAGUGGCUGCUUUCACUUGGGAUUCAAGUCACCGUCUUCUUCCUUUUUUUCGCGCUUCUCUCUCGACCAUGACCUUCUCUCUUAAACCCUCUUUUGAAUCCCCCUUGCUGAUCCCUCUCUACCUUCACCACUAUUCAUUCUCUAUCUCUCAUGGACGCCACCUCUCGUCCUGCCGUCGUCAUUGACAGCGGCUCUGGGUAUACUAAGAUGGGAUUUGCGGGAAAUGUAGAGCCGUGUUUUAUUUUACCAUCAGUAGUAGCAGUAAACGAAUCGUUUUUAAAUCAAUCGCGAACUUCUUCUUCGAAAGCAAAUUGGCUAGCGCAGCAUAGUGCAGGGGUUAUGGCGGAUCUAGAUUUCUUUAUAGGAGACGAGGCGCUUGCCAAAUCGAGAUCCAGUAAUACUUAUAAUCUUAGCUAUCCAAUCAAACAUGGUCAAGUUGAUAAUUGGGAUGCCAUGGAAAGGUACUGGCAGCAGUGUAUUUUUAAUUAUUUGCGUUGCGAUCCAGAGGAUCAUUACUUUUUGUUGACUGAAAGCCCGCUUACUGCACCGGAGAGUCGUGAGUAUACCGGUGAGAUUAUGUUCGAGACCUUUAAUGUUCCUGGGCUUUAUAUUGCCGUCAAUUCCGUGCUUGCUCUUGCAGCUGGCUACACAACAUCCAAGUGUGAGAUGACAGGGGUUGUUGUGGAUGCCGGAGAUGGAGCUACUUAUGUUGUACCUGUCGCAGAUGGUUAUGUUAUUGGGAGCAGCAUUAAGUCAAUCCCUAUUGCUGGCAAAGAUGUUACUCUAUUUAUCCAGCAGCUCAUGCGGGAAAGAGGAGAGAAUGUACCCCCGGAAGAUUCAUUUGAAGUAGCUCGGAAAGCGAAGGAAAUGCAUUGCUAUACUUGUUCUGAUAUUGUCAAGGAGUUCAACAAGCAUGACAAGGAACCAGCAAAGUAUAUCAAGCAAUGGAGAGGUAUUAAACCAAAAACAGGAGCACCAUAUUCCUGUGACAUUGGAUAUGAACGAUUUCUUGGUCCUGAGGUGUUCUUUAAUCCUGAGAUUUAUAGCAGUGACUUUACCACUCCUUUACCAGCUGUGAUAGACAAGUGUAUUCAGUCUGCACCAAUUGACACAAGGAGGGCUUUGUAUAAGAAUAUAGUGUUAUCUGGAGGAUCAACCAUGUUCAAAGACUUUGGUAGAAGAUUGCAACGGGAUUUGAAGAAGAUUGUGGAUACACGUGUUCUUGCAUCUGAAGCUAGACUUGGUGGGGGAGUAAAAUCACAACCAGUGGAAGUGAAUGUAGUCAGCCAUCCUAUCCAGAGAUUUGCAGUCUGGUUUGGCGGUUCAGUGUUAGCAUCAACGCCUGAGUUUUUUGCUGCCUGCCAUACAAAAGCAGAAUAUGAGGAAUACGGAGCAAGCAUUUGCCGCACAAAUCCUGUUUUCAAGGGAAUGUAUUGAUGCAAAAACCCAGUUGGGCAGAUUGUUUACCAAGCACUUCCAUGGCAUUGUUCCAUGGAGUGCCUCAUCAUUUCCAUCUCUAUCGCUUGCCAUGGUUCACUUCCCUCGCCCCCCCAAAUUUACUUGGUCUUCAUGUAUAUUCACGGAUUGCUGGAGGUGGUGUAAAAUAUGGACGCCCAUUCUUAAUUGUUAGAAAAGAAGAUGAUUCCUUGUAUCGAUUCUUUCAUUGGUUAGCUGCAGCCUCCUCUUUAGAUGUCUCAAUAGGAUGCCAAUUAAUUGUGUUAUUCGUAGGUGCCCCCCCUGGUGCUUGACGACCAUAUAGCAAAUAUCCUGUAGUUAAACAUCAUUUUGAGCCGGAUUUUUAGUCUGCGGCUCCUUAGAAUACGAUAAAGAUUUUUUUUCUUUCCCCUUUUCCAUUUGCCUGUGAACAAAAUGUAUUCAUUCGUUUGCAUGAACUGCAUAAAUGGAAGUACUAGUCUGAAUCAGGGAAAUGGUGACCUGAAUUUCCACUUACCUCUCUGUGUUACAGAAUUCGUGUACCGACAUUAUCUGUUAUAUAAUAAAUAUUCAUUGUAUGAA